AGGUCAUUUGUUUUCAUGUCAUUAACAUUUAUAUACAUUGAAAUCACAUUUUGUUUAUUUAUGGGAAUCUGUUCCCAUGUAAAAAAUAAUCAAGCUUUGAAAGGAUUAAUUUGAAUAUGGAGCCUCUGGGACAGGCAGAGAAUAAAACCGAUGAAACCAAAGACAGACUCUGUGUACCAUCUGAUGAAAUAGACGAAAUAGUAGAUAAGGAAACCAACGUUGAAAACGACGAUGGAGAAGAAGACUUGGAUCCACACUAUUGCCUCACUGAAACACAGAGAACAGAAUUGGAUCUAAAUGAGGACACAGUUAAAGCUAUCCGGGAUGUGUUUACGGUGCUGGACCAGGACAAAAGUGGUUCUCUUGACGUUGGGGAGCUGGAGACGGCAAUGCGACAGAUGGGAGUAGAGUGCACCCAUAGUGAAAUUGUAGAACUCAUCACACAAAUCGACAAGGACGGCAAUGGUACAGUGGAAUUCUACGAGUUUUCUCGAAUGGUAGCCGAAAAACUACAAGCAGGUGAUCCAGAGACGGAACUGAAAGAGGCCUUUGCAGUUUUCGACAAAAACGGUGACGGAAAAGUCAGUUCGGAGGAAAUUAGAGUUGUUGUUGAAUCCCUUGGUGGAAAAAUGACUAACGCAGAAUUGGAAAAUAUGCUGCGGGAAGUUGAUGAAAACAACGACGGGUAUUUAGAUUAUGAAGAGUUCGUCCAUAUUUGGAUGGGAGAUGAAAAGCCGGAAUCUGAAAGAAGGCAAGCGUCUGGAACAUCGACUACCGAAGAAACGGGUGGUGUUCUUCCAAGGGAGACAACCCGGCCUAGUUUGCAUUAAAAUCAUGAACAUUUUACUUUUACAAUGACUAUUGUCUUGUCUGUGUAAAAGCUUUCAUUAUAUCUUGUCUUGUCACACCUUGUAAGCUCAAUUUUAUGUCCUGUCUAAGGCUUUACAGCUUCUUCUUAUCUUACAAUCAAACAUUACACUGUCUGGUUUGU